CGAUACCCGCCCUCUUCGUUUUUGAUCGUGCCACCUUGGGGGUAUGUCUUCCUCACCUGGGUGCCCUCCUCCCUUCCCCGGUUCCCGGGGAAAGGGCGGGGAUUUGUUACCCUCCCCACCCCAGUUUCUGGGAGGGGGGGGAGGGGGAGGUUUGCAAGUCCGAUGAUUCGGGCAUCGCCGGAAGCCCGCAGCAUGUGACAUGCCCCGCUUCUGAUGGCUUAGGCUUGGCUGCCGCAGUUUUGGGCGCGCAUCUCUGGCAUCCCUUCGGCACUCGGGGCUGCCCCCCCCACGUGCCACGACGUGUUCCGGCAACGGCUGCUGGAGCUUGCCGCGGAGUUCGAGAGCCUGCACGCGAGCGUUGCCCACCGCGGGAACUCAUGGAGAGGUAGCUCGAGCCUUCAGGGGGCUGGUUGUGCAGCUAUGCCCUCCCCUCGAGGAAGCGCCCGAGCUCUGACGGUCGCAGCGCUGGCCACGGCGAGGACGCCAGGCCGGUGCAGGGCGGCCGCCGCGGCCCCUCGCAGCUUGCAGUGGUCCGGCGGCGACCUCGAGGACGUGUUGGCAACGGGCGUGACACGUUUCUCGCGGGCGUCGAGAAGCAGCUUUCACAGAUCUGAGCGAAGUACUGACAGCAGCCGAGGUCAACUUCCAGCUGACCAAGCCCACACGUUGCAGUCGUGGUUCAAAGCUUUGGAGAUCGACGCGAACCAGGCCUGGAAACUGUGCAAUAUUCUUGACGCGGAGAAAUCGGGCCGUAUCUCCCUCGAGGAUUUCGUUGACUGGUGCUUGAGGCUGAGGGGGCCAGCUGCGCGUGUCGACGCAGAGGCGCUGAUGUGGGACGUCAGAUGUGUCUGCGCUCGUGCAGAGCACGCCGCCAGAAUCCUGGUUCCCGGCUGAGUUGGCCACUUUCAUUGGCCCCGACGGAGGCGUGCGCAGGUUGAGCACGGGCUCCUCCCCCUCCCUCCGGCGCUGCACCGACGCGGCAUCCGGCCGAGACUGUGGGAGAGCCUCGGGCGGUGGCCCCGCCCUGUGGAGCUCCAAGGGGAGGAGG